CACCUCGCCAAAGAACCAUCUUUAGCUACACAAGGUACUGUAUGUAGCUCGCUAGCUGGCCGAACACAUACCAAACGCGCGAACAAAACCUCCUGCAACCCGGGCUCCCUCCUCCGAGGCAUAGGCAUCUCCCACAUACACUCAGCACGCACGAGGCUCGUGGACCUGCAGCCAUCAUUGCUCUGCCUGCCGCUUCGCCUGCGUUGUUGCUGCCAGCCAGCUGGGCGACAAGCGGCGCCUCGUGGCGUGUUCUGAACAGCGUGGUCAGAAUUGUCGGCACCUUCGUCACGACGGGCCAUCUCUUAGCUUGUUGAUCCGGACCACCACCCCAUCCCCCCCCCUCGUUGGUCUGCCAGCCAGCUUCGGGCAGAGGGUUGGGGAAAGCAAGCAAACCCAAGGGCACGAAGGAGCGUCGCGCCGCGGGUAACCUCGCACGACGACCAAGACGACGACGAACGACGCCCCUCCGUCCUUGGUGGCCGCCCGCCCGCCAUGGACCCUGCGGUGUGGCGCAAGCCGGAGCGCUCGACACCCGUCUCCAAGGACGCCGUUCGCUCGGCGCCGUACACAUACCAUGCGCCAAGCCCGCCCAUGAUCGAGAUCCCCAUCAUGCAGCCGUCGAUGCCGGGACGGGAACCUAUCCUCAACCUCAUGCCGUCGUUUGACCACGUCGACUCGGCGCAGCUGUCGAGCAACGACCUCACCCUCAUCACUCGCAACACCACCCAGAUCGCCACGGACCGCGCCUGUUCCUGGAGGUACGAGCAGCGCCGCCAAGCCCAGUCCAUCCUCGACUUCCUCUACCUCGGCCCCACCAGUGUCGUCAGAGAGCACGACUUCCUCCUGCGCGAGGGCAUCACCAUGGUUGUCGUGGCCCGCGACAUCCGCAUGAACCACGCCAAACUACUCAGCGUCGAGAACGCCGGCAACGUCCUCGGCGUCGCCGUCUGCUACCUCGACAUCGACUGGCCACAGGGCAUGAUACCGAGCUUUCAGCACGCCAUCCGCGCCAUCAACGACCAUCUGGUAGCCGUCUAUCAAGCGCAGGCUCAGGAGCGAGACGGUCAGGGCCAGAUGCUCGUCGACGGCUCUCGCUUCCGCCGCGGCAAAGUCCUGGUAUGCUGCGAGUCUGGCAACGACCGCUCGGCAGCCGUCGUGGCGGCGUACAUCAUGGCCGUCUUCGGCAAGCCCAUGGUACAGACGCUGCAGUUUAUGGGCAUCCAACGCUUUUGCUGCUGCUUCGAUGAGGACACGAAGCGCACGCUCCAGACGUGGGAGGAAAUACUCAAGGCGCGCUCCGCCGUCGCCCAGGACGAGCGGGCCAGGACUAGCAGCACCGACCGCAUCGACUUCACCGACGGGUUCCAGCGCGACCCCGCGCAUAUCGGCGCCCAGGUCAAGAGGCGUGUCAACGAUAUGAUGGAUUUGGGCGGCGAGGGCGCGGGGGCCGGUGAGACGGACGGCUACUUGACGGACCGCGACCGCUUCAUCGACCGGGGCCCCUUUGUACCCUUUCGCGACGCAACCUGAAAGCAAGCGGGACUGGUUUUCUUCGUCGUUUUCGUCGGAGCGCGCGGGAAGCAUACUUCAAUACCCACACUGCACCCAGGGAAACGCAGGUCGGAUGCGAAGAGGAUUCGCCGAGCAAGACGACGACGCCGCUGAGACCCCUCCCUCCUCCGUCGGCGAUCGGUGUUGGCUAGGCCGGCUGUUGUCACGAUACCCCCUUUCUUUGUCGUUAUCUGUUAUUUUUCAUUUUUCUUUUUCACACAAUGCAUUUAGCACUGGGAGUUUAGGUCGGUCCACUGACGGUCGGUCGGUCAUGGUCCCCCGUUCCCCCACUCGCUAUCGGUAAACGGACCGCGAGAUAGCAUGCGAGGAGACAUGGAAAUAGCAUGGGUUGCAUUCACGCGUUUAUGACUGUUUGUGUGCCCUUACUGAUGCCGGCGUUGCGUGCACGGGGUAGAUGGGUGGCUGUGGCGGGCUCAUGUCCCAAGUUACAUAUCAGUGUAGCGGGGUGUUAAGACAGGCUUGCAUUGUGCUUCUUCCCAUGACUUCGCAGCGUGGCGACAUUUUUGGCCAGAGCGAAUGAUGUUCUGCCGUGUGUGUGUGCUCUAUAUGGUGGUGGUACAAUUUGGAAGUAUUACAGGGC